UUUAUUCAAACAGUUGUUGUUGUUUUUUGUUUUCUAAGAAAAAAAACAUCGAUGUAUAAGUUUAACCACCCUCCAGGGUUUUUUAUGUUUUUAAUAGGAGAGAUUCAUAUCAAGAUGUCAAAAAACCCUGGGGACAAGGGUGAAAUUUACCUUCUUCGUCACCAAAACCCUGUCCCUCUGAAAUCUAGGUAGAUACAUUGGUAGACCUCUUUUAGAAUCUGCUUAUAAACUUCCCCAAGCAAAAAGUUCUGUUAAGCCUGAACCAAGAGAGUUCCAACAAGCCGUUUAUUAAAACUCUCUAAACACGCAUGAACUUCCAAAAUGGUGUUUCUAAAAGUUGGAGAACCUCAAAACAAGUACUAAUUUUUCUUCUUGUGAUAAAACAACUUCUUGUCAUACGAUACUACCACUUCAAUCUGAUUCAACUUGAUUGUUUUUGUAAUAAAAGAAGUGCUCUUUACACUGGAGGAUAAAAGAUAAUAAAAUUAAAUCUUAAGUGAAAGAUUUUUAGAUCACCUGCGAUGGAGGGAGUGUAUUUUGAAAUGCAUGACAGUUAACAAAUCGCGAACGUUUUCAUACGCUGUGUGACGUUUGUGCGAUUGAAUCAUAAUUAAUUCUAGUAUACAACCAUUGACUUCACAUAUAUAUCGAUUGAUGUUCCAUGUUAUUCGCUGUUUUAUCUUUUCUGUUGCUGAUUGAUAUUUUCUUUAUAACUCGCUAAACCACUUAUCUGCAAGUUACCAAAGAUAUCAUGCUUGAAAGGGGAGAGAAUUUACUAAAGAAAAGUAGUGAUCAUCAGCUCCAUAAGAAUAGCGAGUCAAACUAUGGCAAGUUAAAAUAUGGCUGGGGUAAAUGGCGACCGAAUUCACUGCAGUGUUUGAAUCGUCCUGUUGCUUUCCUCGCUUGCAUAUGCGCUUGUGCGUUUGGUCAAGGUAUGAUAUGUACUGGGAUGUCGAAUACGUUCUUAACAUCAAUCGAGAAGCGAUAUGGCUUUAAGUCAACACAAAUUGGCCUCUUUUCGACCUUUUAUCACGUGGUACCAGCGCUGCUUAGCACGCUCGUGUGCUAUAUUGGUCAUCGACAUAGACCAUUUACGAUAGCACUUGGAUUUAUAACUUUAACAAUGGGUGUGCUAACUUUGACCAUACCUCAGUAUAUUGUACCGUCAUACAACGUCGGGGUCGACCGUCAUCAAGACAUUUGUCGGUAUAAUGUGGCCAACAAAACUGUGCACUCUUCUACCUGCGAGGAAGUUGUUCCUCAUAACUGGAUUUAUAUGAUCAUUUUCAUAUGUGGUUACGCUCUCAUGGGUCUGGGUGUGUCUCCAUUAUACAGUCUUGGUUUUGCUCAUCUCGACGAAAUAACCAACCGCGGACAGAAUAGCCUGUAUUUAGGUAUAAUGGCAACUUUUGCAGUUUUUGGUCCGGCUGCCGGUUUUAUGGCUGCUAAUCCAAUCUUAAAAGUAUUUGUUGACAUUAAACAGAGAUGAUGGAGGAGAGUAAGGAAAUAAAGUAGAGGGUAGUAAGGACAAAGAAUGAUGGGGAUACUGACAGGUUCGACUAGUUACAGAAGGAAUUUAUUGAAUAGUUGUCUCUACAUUCAAUUCAACAUUG